ACAGCUGGCCGCAACGCGGUUUUGUUUUGUUUUGAGCAUUUGUUUUUAGCCGCAUUUUCUGUAAAACAGCACAAUUUACGAUUAAAGUGACUGAAUUGCUCCUGCUACCAUGUCGGCGGACUAUUCACAUCUGUGUUCCGCCAUCCUGGAGCAGUGCUUCGGCCAGGUUGUGCAAUCUGUGGCCGACUGCCUCUUCUUGGCCAACACGCGAACGCUGGGGCAACUGAUCAGCGCCACCAAGCUCUCUCGCAAAGAAGUGGGACUGGCUCUGGCCGUUCUCGUCAAAUUCCGACUUGUGGAUUUCGAGUCCUCCAAGCUGAAUCCCUCCCUUGCCGAGUACGCGCUGCGGCGCGAGGACAUUAUCUGCCUACUCCGGUAUCCACGGUACGUUCAUUUGAUACAGACAAAGUAUGGAAACGUGGGUGCCUCCAUUGCCGAGGAGCUAAUCAAUUCAGGAUCAGAUACGGCCAGUGGCAUACUGAUAAAGUGCCUGACCGAGGGGGAAAAUAAGGCAGAGAGUCCAGAAUCCUAUAGGAACACCUUCCUCACAAUGAUUACGGAUCACUAUAUCAUUAAAAGGCCCGAGCUUCUAGUUUCCGAGGACCAAGAUGAGGUAGUGCCGAAGUUCGAGAGCAACGAGUGCGACUUUUUUCGGCAUCCCAAUAUCGAUCUUCAGCUGCUGGACAAGAUACGCAAGGGCGAUGCCACUCUAGCAGAGGCUAAGGACAGCACCAUGGUGUGGAACCUCAACUAUGAUCGCUUCCAUCAAGACUUCCGGGACGCCAUCAUGGUGGACGCUAUUGAGCGAAAAAUGGGUGAAAAUGCGGCCGAGUGCUUCCGAUUCAUACUGAAGAUCAUGUACAACACCACAGAUCCGUGGCAGCGGAAACUUUCCAACCAAAUAACGUUCGUGGAAAUUAAGCAGGCCAUCGAGAGGAAGUCGAAUAAUCUGGAUUUAAUGAAGUACUUGGAUCAAUACAUAAGUUUGUUAACUGAGGAUUCACUGGGAUUCUUUAGAAGAGUGGGCGACAUGGGCGGAGGUCUGUAUGUCGUGGAUAUGGAACAUGCCUUCGAGUCGCUUGCCUUCGCCUGCGUAGAGUCCGUCAUCACGGAACGUUUUGGCUCGAAGGCUGCCCGUAUCUUUCGUGUAAUCCGCUUCAAGAAAUACAUCGAGCAAGAGGACUUGCAAAAGGAGGCCAUGAUACCCUCGAAAGAGGCUAAAUCGUUGGCCUACAACUUGUUUCAGGAGCAGUUCAUUCACGUGAAGAUCAUUAAAAAGCCCGGCGGUGGCAGCAAUGGUCCCGCCAAAGCCUUCUAUCUCUUCCAGGUCAAAGAGAAGGAUACAGUGAGAAUGCUGCUGGAUGCUAGCUACAAGUCCCUCUACAACACCAUCGAACGAUCCAACUUUGAAAAGAACGAGCACAAGGGUCUCAUUGAAAAAUCCCAGAGACUGGACAGCAUAGUGGAGACAAUGAAGGAGCGCGGCGAUUCCGAAGAAUAUAUCGCUGAGAUUGUCGAGACUUUUACGCCACCCGAAUGUGAGAUCCUAAAUAAGGUGAAAAACAGGAUAAAGACGUUGUCGAAGGCUGAACUCACGCUGGACGACACAAUUUUCCUGCUGCAGAUGUACCAACAUCACUGUACUACGCUGCCGACGGGAAUUCGAAGGUUUAAAUAAAAGGUAUACGUAAUUUUUAUAA